CCUAAAGCUGCAAUUUUUAUGUAUUUUCUGUCCUCACAUAAGACCAGGAGAAAUCAAAUCCAUCAGGUUCUCUUCGCGGCUAUGGAUCUGUUUGCAGCUAUGGAUUACAACACUUUACUAAUCGUCGGAUUCAAUGAUCAGAAUAUUUCGUUGAUUAUGGUCGACUGGUAUUGUAUGAUUUUUCAUCAAAGAUACAUGACUGUUGGUAUUGAUUAUACAUAGCAAAGGGCUGUUUUAUUACUUGCACUGAAGUUUCAAUCUUCUUGAUCUGUGAUAGAUAUAUAUUCAUUUCGAGAUUAUCACCAUGAGUACCAGUAAGCCUCCUACGGACAGUGCUAAUAUUCAUAUUACCACUACUAAAUUAAAUGGGGCCCCUAAUUACUUGCUAUGGGCUCGAGCAGUCGAAGUUUACAUUAAUGCCAAAGGGAAACUCAAUUAUCUUACGACUGAACCCCCCGAUGCUAAUGCCAAAGAAUAUGGUGACUGGAUGACAAAGAAUAACACAGUUUUGGUGUGGUUAUGGAAUAGCAUGGAACCAUCUAUUGCUGCUAAUGUGAUGUUCCACACAACUACCAAGGGAGAGUGGGAUGAUCUUAUGCAGGGCAACUCACAAGACAAAAACAUGUCUAGAGUUUAUGAAUUAUACGAGAAGAUCUUUAAUUUUAAACAAGGGGACAACUCUCUUGGAGAGUAUUACAGUGCUUUGAAAGGCAUGUGGGAAGAACUCAAUCUUUAUCAACCCAUCACUACUGAUCUUGAGAGACUAAAGACACAGCGAACUGAAUUUCAAGUGGCCAAGUUUUUAUCUGGGUUGAAUGCUGACUUGCAGCCUGUUAAGAGCCAGCUUCUUGCUGGAGAGAAAGUUCCUUCUAUGAAUGGAGCUUUUGGCCGAAUUCAGCGCAUUGUCCCUCCAUCUUCUACAUCAUCUAAAGACAAUUAUGCACUUGUGGCUAGUAGUGGUACUCGUGGUCAUGGUGGAUUUUCUCAUAGAGGCCAUGGUUUAGGGGGAGGCCAUGGUGGUGGACGUAGUGGACAGAGUUUUGAUUGAAACAAUAUUGUGGCAAAUUUGGUCAUAUUUUUUACACUUGUUGGGCCAAGCAUGGCAAGCCCGAGUGGGCUCAAUGAUUAGUUACUGCAAAUGCUGCUAUGUCUGAAGGGAGUGCUGGAAAUGUGUCUUCUAGUGACACGAAUCCAUCUAUCCCAAUUGGGGGUAGUUCUUUUGAGUCUGCGGUUUGGGAUGAUUUAGUUACACAACUUCUCAAGUGUGUCCAGCAACUAGAGGCUUCCAACUCCUCAUCUACUGCAACUGUUGCACGAACAGAACCUUCAGACAAAGAAGACGAUUGGUGGAGGGCAUGAACGUGAUGGACUCUACUAUCCGGAUGGUGUCUCUACUAUUGAUGCCAAUGCUCUAGCUACUAGUUCUACUAGUCCCCUAUUAUGGCAUUCUCGUUUAG